GUCACAAAAAAUGGAACCAAACUUUAUCAGUAUCGAAAUAUGAGUUCCGCUUACCUGUGUUAACCAUGCCGGAGGAGGAACUAGAAUACAGGGACACAUCAUUCUGAUUAACCUAAAAAAACUGGCAGUUGUAAAUGCUCCAUAGAGUGAGCAAGGAGGUGUUGUUCCACCCGGUGUUCAAGCACCUCAAUACCCUCAAGCCUAUGGUUUUCAAGCCCCUCAGGCCUCCGAUUUUCAAGCUCCGCAAGCCCCUGUUUUCAAGCCCCUCAAGCCCCAGGUUUUCAAUCCCCCCAAGCCCCUGGUUUUCAACCCCUCAAUCCCCCGAUUUUCAAGCCCCUCAAGCCCCCUGUUUUCAAGCCCCUCAACUCUACGGUUUUCAAGCCCCUCAAACCCUCACUGUUCCACUUGCAUUUGUUCCCUUUGUUGCUAUUAUUGGUUAUGUUCCUCCGUUUCCUGAUUUGAUGGUUUCUAAUUUCAUUCUUCCUCCAAUCGCUCAUCCUAAUCGUAUUCCUAAUCAUGUUCUUAUACAACGGACCGUCGAAGACAGCUUUCACAUGUUUUCUCUUACAGAUGCAUAUCGUAACUUUUGUUCUCAUUUGUUGUAACCAUAACUAUUAUCUUGUUCUUAUUUGUUCGACCAAAGGAAUCCUAAAUCCUCUUCCGAUAAUUUUAAAUUUUCAGAAUAUGUUCAUUUGCAUG